AUGUUCUCCCGUGCACUGAGACCCAUCGCCACAGUGGCAUUCCAGAAUGGAGCCAAGAACUUUUCUACCAGCCCUGAGAUGCAAUUCAAAGUCAUGGUUGCCGGUGCAGCUGGCGGUAUCGGGCAGCCUCUAUCACUGCUGCUGAAGAUGGACCCCCUGGUGAGCACGCUAGCUCUGUACGAUCUCGCUCCCUUUACCCCUGGCGUCGCUGCCGACCUGUCCCACAUGGACACGCCAUCCAAGGUCCUCGGCUACAGAGGUCCCGAUGAGCUGCCGUCCGCCAUCGCAGAUGCACAUGUGGUGGUUAUCCCUGCUGGAGUUCCCCGCAAGCCAGGCAUGACCAGAGAUGACCUGUUCAAUGUAAACGCUUCCAUCGUCCGGGAUCUGACUCAGUGCAUCGCAGUACAUGCGCCAAAGGCUAUCAUCUGUAUUAUCACCAACCCCGUCAACUCCAUGGUGCCCAUUGCUUCCGAGGUUAUGAAGAAGAACGGAGUAUACGACCCCAACCGCAUCUUCGGUGUCACCACCCUGGACAUCGUACGGUCGCGCACCUUCAUCGGUCAAAUCAACGGGGUGGAUCCUAAAACUGUCAAGAUCCCUGUCAUCGGAGGCCACUCUGGAGUCACCAUCAUCCCUGUGCUGUCCCAAUGCAAGCCCGCCCCCCAGAUCCAGGAGCAGGCCAAGAUCGAUGCCCUUACAAAGAGGAUUCAAGAAGCUGGUACCGAGGUAGUGAAGGCUAAGGCUGGUGCUGGAUCUGCCACACUGUCCAUGGGUUGGUCUGGUGCCAUGUUCACGCACUCUGUCCUUAGAGGACUCAAGGGCGAAGAAAAUGUAGUCGAGUGCGCCUACGUGAAGUCAGAUGUGACUGAAGCGAAAUACUUUGCCAACCCAAUUUGCUUCGGCAAGAACGGUAUCGCCAAGAACCUCGGCUACGGACAGCUGAACGCAUACGAACAAAAACUCCUGCAGUUAGCCAUGCCUGAACUCAAAAAGAACAUUGAAAAAGGAGAAAAAUUCGUCAAGUAA